AUGAUCUCUGUUCUGGCCCUGCGAGGCCUUCGGCCAGCCUGGAUCAGUAUCACCGCGGUCGCAGCAGCGGCACUACUCACUUUAUUCUUUUUAUACUCACCGCGGCUGCUGACUACUACCUCGAGAGUAGUAGUGCCAGACCCUGUAAACCAUAUCGUGACGGAUCCGACCUAUGUGGCCAGCAGUACCACCAAGGUAACUGCCAGCUUUGUCAUUCCUGACACCACAUUGAUUGACCAUCUCGCGCAAUACUUCAUUGAUUAUCCACUCCAACCACCAUAUAAAGAGCACUUCGGCGAGCUAGGCCAGCGAAGUCGAGUCUUACGCGACUGGAUAACACUGGCUGACCAGUCCGAAGAUCCUACGAGCAAGAACUUAUUAUUGAACGCUACGGAGAGAGUAGCCGUCUCUUUAUACCCGUUUCUCGGAAAGCCUGAGGGGCAAAAUGCUACACAUAAGCCCGUGGCGGAUCUCCGGGCGUCUUUUGAGCCAGGCUCAGCCGGCGUGGUCAUCCCAACCAGCAAUCAUACUCUCCGCUUCGCCGCCCACCUCGUUGGUACUUUGCGCUCGGUUCUAAAUUCGACGCUACCGAUCCAAAUCGUUUAUGCCGGUGAUGACGAUCUCAGCCCGGAUGACAGGGUUCGUUUAUCAAGCACCGUGGAAUCGGGCCCUCCCCUCGAGUUUCUCGACAUCCUGACCAUUUUCGAUGACUCCACACUCCAGCUGCAGACGGGUGGCUGGGCCAUUAAGGCAUUUGCAGCCUUAGGCUCGCGCUUCGAACGAGUUAUCCUAGCCGACGCCGACGCCGUAUUCUUCCAGCCUCCAGAGGUCCUGCUGGACCAUGAGGCAUAUGUUCGAACUGGGGCUUUAUUGUUCCAUGACCGACUUCUCUGGCAAGAUGUAUUUCCAGAGCGCAACGAGUGGUACAGAAGUCAAAUUCGACAGCCAAGUGCAGCAUUGGACAAGUCACUUGUGUGGACGAAGAAUUAUGCCGAAGAAGGUGACUCUGGCCUAGUCGUCCUUGACAAGAGCAGAACAGACAUACUCGUCGCCCUGUUCCACAUAUGCUGGCAGAACUCGUAUGAAGUGCGCGAAGAGGUCACUUAUAAGAUAACAUAUGGAGACAAGGAAACGUGGUGGCUUGGUCUUGAGCUGACAGGUGCUUCUUAUGAGUUCUCGGGGCACUAUGGUGGGAUUGUUGGCAGGGACCAAGUGGAUAGUAGGGGCAGGCACAAGGUAUGUAGUUUCGUCAUCGCCCAUGUUGAUGCAAAGGAUAGGCUGCUGUGGUAUAACGGGAGUCUGCUGAAGAACAAGGGGAAGAGCGGUAUGGCGAAUGAGUAUGAAGUUCCCACGAACUGGAUGAUUGAUGCCGAAUGGGAGAAGGGUGCUCGCAAGGAGGAUAUGAGCUGUAUGAAGGGGGGUGAAUCGAGGAAUCUGACUCAGUAUGAGUUCGAAAUCAUGGAACGAUCGAUCAAGCUGGCUAAAAGGCUCGACGCAGUAAUAUACCCUGCAUCAAGGGAAACCGAAAGUACCUGAGCCUUGCAUAUCUCAAGCC